GGUACGGAUACACCCUGAAGGGGCAAGCUCAGACCCAGACCGUAGCCAAACCCUGCCGACUUUGGAAAAGCAUCAAGCAUCGUGCUCGCGCUCAGUUUUCCCCCGUCAUCUGGUGCGUACGCACACUGCACCGGACUGUUGGCGCGCGCUAACAACGUGUGUAACGGCAUUGCUCGGUCAGAAGCUGGGCAAGAUAAACGGCGUGAUUUUUUGUUUUGUUCUUUAAAGCCAACCCCUUAGAAGGGAGAAGUGUGUUGUGAGUGUAGUGAAAGAUUUAAAUUAGAUGUAAUUGUUCGUUAAACAAUCACGGUGCAAAACGGCAAGGUGGGUGAGCUCCGUGUGUAAGCACUGACCGGGGCGCCGGAGGCACACGACGGUUCGGUGAUUGAACGGGUUGCGAAGCGCCAUAGACAACAUAGGAAGUGUGUCUAACGCUCUCGCCACCCCAGCUCGAUGAUAGUGGGGUUGCUACUGGACAUGAUCUCGGAGCGGUGCAUACCGAUGUAAUUAAUUGGCAAGGGCUGUCGUACACCUGCGGUUUGGGCUGAUCCCCGUCUUGCUUCGAGCUUCCAGGUAGAGUCUGAAAUAGAACCCGUAGGGAAAGGAGCAUAAACAAACACCCGCGGCCUAGGAAAGAGGUGGGUGAAAAGUUUACGCUACUUUCCGAGCAGUGUACACAAAUUACCGUCCGAAGAAAAAUGAAUGCAAUGCAAGUGUGCCCGUGUGAUCGAGCGUAUGGCGGUGCAAUUGAAACCCACCCGAAAAGGGAAGUGAAAUAGAGCAUUCUAUCUGUGUCGGGGAGUGGGGUGUAGGGUGAAUUGGAUCACGCUGCUUAGCUACCGAUGAACAGUGAGGAAUCGUGCAUCUCAGGGCGACAAGUGCAAUCGGUCGUUGUGCAUGCUGAGGGGAGGUGGAAAAACACAUCCCCUAGUUAAUGAGGGAGUUGCAGCUGCAGGUAAAGCUACCGUCGCUCCAGCAUCUCAGUGCAGUAGUGUGUGAGAAGAAGAAGGUCCAAACAAAACAACAACAAAAAACGACAAACAGAAAACAUCCAAAGCCAUCAAUUAACACGCCCUCGGGGGAGGGAAAAAACGGCUACGGGGAAUCGGCACUAGCACUGUGUGUGUGUUUCUGUGGUGGCAAAAGGGGGCAAUCGUCUGCGUACUCCAGGCAGGCAGUCGAAUUCAAGAACAAAUCCCAUUCGUCUUCAGAGCUCAUCGAGCUGAUCGCUAUCAAAAUGGCAGACCGCCCCAUACACACCUCUGCGGCAUAAUAUGCGCUCACUUAAGCUAAACACCGGUACAAACCAACCCGCGGUACGCUGCAAGUGACAAACCCCCGGUCCAUCCCACUCACCGCGCUAAACGUUGAGCCACACAUACGCUUCCCAGCGAAGCUUUCAAGUUCUCGCGUCAAAACCACAUCCUCCCCGCAACCACGCAACAGCAUGGCCCUCAGUACGACGACCGAUGCAUCGGUGGAUGAGAUCGCACAAAAACGGCUCGAGUGUCUGGAAACGCUGAAUGAAACCGUCGACACGACGAUAUCGGGACUCUUCUGCCCCGGGACAUGGGAUGGGUGGUUAUGUUGGCCGGACACUGCUGCAGGCACCUCGGCAUACGCCCUCUGUCCCGCUUUUAUAUCAGGUUUCGAUCCAACGAGGUUUGCGCACAAAGUGUGCAGUGAGAAUGGGGAAUGGUUCCGGCAUCCGGAGACGAACAGGAGCUGGUCCAACUACACAACCUGCAUCAACCUGGACGACUUCGAGUGGCGGAAACAGGUGAACCUAAUAUACGAAACCGGAUACGCCAUCUCGCUGAUAGCCAUACUGCUAUCGCUCGCUAUUUUAAGCUACUUUAGAUCGUUAAAAUGCGCACGAAUAACGCUACACAUGAACCUGUUCGUAUCCUUUGCCUGCAACAACUCCCUCUGGCUGCUGUGGUACCGGCUGGUGUUGACCGAUCUCGAUCUCCUGAAGGAAAGCGGUGCUGGCUGCAUCACGCUGCAUCUGGUGUUGCACUACUUUCUCCUGACCAACUACUCCUGGAUGCUGUGCGAAGGGUUCUACCUUCACACCGUGCUGGUGUCGGCGUUCGUGUCGGAGAAGAAGCUGCUCAAAUGGCUGCUGGCGCUCGGGUGGGGUUCGCCCGCCUUCUUCAUCGUGCUGUAUGGGUUUCUGCGUGGAUAUGCCAGCCCACCGAACGAUACGAUAGAGUGCUGGAUGAACGACAGUUCCUUCAACAAGGUGUUCGUCGGACCGGUGUGCAUUUCGAUGCUGCUGAAUCUGGUGUUCCUGUUCAACAUCAUGCGGGUGUUGCUGCUGAAGCUGAAAGCUCCGGCCGGCCCUCAGGGUGCCGGUCCGUCUAGAACGAUCUUGCAAGCAUUCCGCGCAACCCUUCUUCUGGUGCCCCUGCUCGGCCUGCAGUACAUACUGACGCCAUUUCGUCCGGGCAACGGUCACCCGUACGAGCGAACGUACGAAACGAUGCUGGCGUGCACCUCCUCGUUUCAGGGUCUCUUUGUGGCGGUACUUUUCUGCUUCCUGAACGGGGAGGUCAUCGCACAAGUGAAGCGCAAGUGGCGCACCGUGUUCCUGCGUACCCGCGCCAACUCCUACACCGCGACGCAAGUGUCCGUAACACCAAAAGUACACACAACACGACACCCCCUCACACGAAUGCCGAUAGCGUUUGACACUGUUGGAAUGUCUCGUAUUCAAAAAGCAGUAUAAAAAUAGAACGCUUUUAUUUUGCUCAUUUAGGCUUUCAACUUAAUAGUUUGGCUGUAGAAGGGACACAUUAAAGCUGGCCUCCAUUUAAUUAGUGCAGAACGUCUUCCCAUCGCACAGCACCGCAAAGUACCACGGGCCACACCCUGACACCGAUUCGCUGGUCCUACCGUUCCCAAUCCCUACCCCUAACGUGCCCUCGAUCUGGUCGUUAACGUUCCACCCACCCCGAGCCGGGGGUCGUUUAAAUCAAAACUUAGCUUGGCGCCAGCAUUGUUUAUUCUCGUGGCCACCGUGUUAGUACGGUACGGUGCAGCUCAUGCAUUUGCGCUACGAUGCACCGGGGAGUGAUAGUGCCUGGGAUUAGAGGGUGAUAAAUAAAACAACCCGUAUCUUCUUCACUCUCUCACCCUCUCCGCUUUUAUCACCUUAUCGGCGUUAAGAUUGUGGAUUGAGCUAGAACGUAGAAAA